GCCUCCACUCAAUUUUCGACAGCCUCAACUCUCGUCAGAUCCCGAUCCGACUCCCGACCCAAGACUCCCGACCCGCCGCCGUUAUCUUCGCCAUCUCUCGGCGUCAUCUUCUCCAUUCUCCGGCGUCGUCUUCGUCGUUCGCCGCCUCCCGCCGCCGGCGAUCGUCUUCUCCGUUCGCGCCGCGUCCCGCCGUGCGUCAAGAUCCUGUCUCGGCCAGUCAACGUUCGCCGUUCUCUCUCUAAGAAUAUCUGAUCCCCCCUCUCUCCCCACAUCGCCGAUUAUCAAUCGUAGCUUCGCAAUGGCUGCAAAGAUUCUUGCCAACUUGAUCGUUAUGGGUUCUGGGAUAUUGGGAAGAGCCGUAUUUCAAGCUUAUCGCAAAGCACUUGAAAAUGCCAGCAAAAAUGGUGUUGCACAUGAAGCGAUUAACAAUAUCCGAAGACCGAGUAAAGUUUUGACGGAACAAGAAGCUAGGCAGAUUUUAGGACUGAGCGAGCAGGCAUCAUGGGAAGAAGUUUUGCAGAAAUAUGAUGCAUUGUUCGAACGAAAUGCUAAGAAUGGAAGCUUCUAUCUUCAAUCAAAGGUUCACAGAGCUAAGGAAGCUUUAGAGAGUGUCUACCGAGGGGACAGUACAGGAACUAGCUGAAAUAUACCUGAUUUUUUGUGUUCUGGGUGAGAGGAAGCCAUAUACAUGUUGCAUUUAUAUCCUUUGAAGUCCCAUGUUCUAAAUUAGCAAGUAAUGAUUUAUGGAAGAGAAAAUGUAUAUAUAUUCCUAAGCCUGAUGUAUAACUUCAAAAGAAUAAGACCUUGGAUGUUGGCUUGUUGCUGCAUAACUAAGGGCAUGAAGUGAAAAAGGAGUGUGCGCUGAAGUUUUGAAUAGCGGAGAUUGGCGCUUGCGUUCUAUUUGAACCUCGUUGAUUGCUUAAAACCUUAAGUGUAGUAGAAUAAUCUUGUGGAUGUCAUUUUGACAUCUUAUUAGUAUCUCAUCUGAGGAUGUUUUGCUG